AUGGCUGAAUUGAUUCGAAGCGGUAUUAGACACAUAUCUUAUGCGACUAAUAACGCGGACUCCUUCCGAGUAUUAAGGGGCCGCGUGAGUGUUUUAAAGAUAGCUCCGGAUGCACGAUUUAUGCCGUACCUGGAGCUAGCCGGAUUUGGGUCAGUAGCAUUGAUCCGGUCCUCCGACUUGCGAUUUGAUUUAUUAUCCGCGCUAGUGGAGCGGUGGCGUCCGGAGACCCAUACUUUCCAUUUUCCGUGCGGGGAGUGCACGGUGACGUUGGAGGACGUUGCAGUGCAGCUUGGGCUCCCAGUUGACGGGAGUCCCGUUACGGGACUAUCUUCAUUAAUCGAUCCGGCUGCAGUUUGCUAUCAACUCCUAGGAGAGUCACCAGAUGACGGUGAUAAAUAUUUUUCCGGCAUAAAAUUUACAUGGCUAAGAGCCAAAAUUUGUCGACUAUCAGUGACCGCCAGUGAAGAUGAGUUGAUGUGCGCUGCUCGAGCGUACAUCAUGCAUUUGAUAGGGGCACUACUCAUGCCUGAUACAAACGGCGACAGUGUGCAUUUGUCGUACUUGCCUGUGCUUGCUGAUUUGUCCACGGCUAGGUCGUACAGUUGA